AUGGCGGAUCAGUCAGCACAUUUGAACCCGCUCUCGCGCGUCGAGGAGCACUGCACCACGCUGCCGAACGGGGGCCAAGCCGUUGGCUCUCUAGAUGCCGCACCCCCUGCUCCCGCGUCUGAUCCUCCCGCCCCGCUGCGGCACACGUCAACAUCCAACAGCGCGCCGUCCAACGUCUCCUCUCCGGCUCCUUCGAGCGCGGCGGUGGUGGCGUCCCCAUGGACGUCUUUUGCCACCCCGAGCGCCACUCCUGAGAUUGACACGGCGGCCAUCCUGAAAGACGCCGUUGAUCAGGUUCAACGACUGAGGUUACAGACUAUCGCUACCGCAACCAUCACUGAGAAUGUCACUAUUCCACCAGAAUUGUGUAAACAAUGGAUCGAGAACUACUUCACCCACAUGCAAACAGAGAUGUUUGUCAGUUUGAUAAAUCUCAAACUCAUCAAGCUGAUCCCCGACUUGCUUGAUCUUCCUCAUGUUCACCUAGAUCCGGCUAUUCUCGUGGUUUACUACGGUAUUCUCUACCACGGUUGCGCUCUUGGUGCAACCUUUGAGGGCAAUGCUGGCAGCGGUUUGCAGUAUGUCCGCAUGCUGUAUCUGUGUUGUCUUCGUUCCCUGCCUCUCUGGCAACGGGAAGCAACAGGGACAACGACGGACUUCAUAGCUGCGAUCUUCAUGUGUCGCACAGCUGCCGAAUGCUUUGACGAAGAGCUAAGCUGGCGGAUGUACACCUACGCCACCGACUACGCCCAGAAGUUGAACAUUCACAACCUCGACGCCCACACAGAAGGCACCAGCGUUCUGCUAGACCAGGCCAAACUCGAUGCCGACCGGAAGGGUUUCUGGGAAAUGAUUCAGAUCGAUUUCUUCUUCCGCCUACUGUUCAACAAGCCACCGUCAAUUACCGCCAGCAUCAACUCCUGGAAGGUCAACCUGCCCUGGCUAUCAGCAGACGCACAACCAGACAUCAACGCCGUGCCAACCAUCGCUUUCCUCGUUGGGUCGCGCCAGACCUUCAUCCUCUCGCGGUUCUUUCAGGAGCUCGAAAACAGCAACUGCACCGAGGAGGAGAUGCGGCCCAAGACCGAGGACCUCUGCCGCGAGAUCGGCCAGCUCUUCGCGGAGUGGGGCGUCGAGGAGUGGGUGACCAAGACCAUGUCCAGCGAGAACAAGUCAGAGGCCUGGAUGAUGAGCGACAUCGCCAUGUCCGGGUACACGUACGUCAUCUUCAUGCUGCGCAAGCUCUCCGUGCUGCGCUCUAACUCGCCGCGGCCGGUUAUGUCCGACGCCGACGUGCCCGACUCGCCGCUCGCUGUCGACGCGUCGCGCCGCCUGCUGAGCGUCGUCCACAUGGUGCUGGUCAAGAACCCGUUCCCGGAGACGAUGUGUGUUCUGUUUGGCAUGUAUCGCCUUUACGUCGCGUACGCGUGUCUGAUGAACAGCGUUUUGCAUUCGGCCGAUGUUCGCGCGCAUAUGGACGAUGUCGGGUUGCUUGAGCAGUUGUGUGAUGUGAUGACGGUUGCGUCAAGAGGGGAGAAGGACUUUGUGCCGUUGAUAAGGGCGAUCCAGAGCUUGGGGAUGGAAGUAAAGAGGAGGCUUAAUGAGCCGGGGACGAGUAUUACCACACCGAUGCUGGGCUUGGGAACAUGA